AGCUCGAGCAGUCGCGGUGGCGCGCACAGUCCGGAUUUAUACCAGUGAGUGAGAUCGAGUGGAUUAUAAACAUUAACGAAUAAAGAUGACAAACUCACAGGAAACGACCCUUCGCGACGCCGCUCCUCCACAUACUGCUGUGGAUGCAGUGAGGAUGAGGAGGAGAAAGGCUCAGUGGCUGGUUUCAGGCAUGUUAAGUCUGUCUUUGCUCAUUGUUGUGAUGGGUAUCUACAUCAGCACACGCACUGAGAGUGUCAGCAUCGCAGGAUACAUGUCCGGGAUUAUCUUGGCGUUUGGAUCCUUCUUGGGAGUUCUUGGACUAUGCCUGGAGGAAAACCGCAAACAGCUGCUGAUCGCAGCCAUUGUGUUCCUGAGUUUUGGUAUCAUUUCCAGCUUCUUGUGUCUUUUGGUUGAUGGCGUUUUCAUCCUGCUCAAUAUUGAUAUGCGUCCAAUGAGGGCAGGAAGAUGUCAGUUCUACACCAGUGGAAAUAGCUACAUCUAUGAGAACUACUACACUACAGUUCCCUGUCAAGGACUAACAGAGUCCUGUGAUAUGAAAGUUCGCAGUGGAACAUGUUACUGUUGUGAUUUGUAUGAUUGUGCCAAUGGAGGAUAUCUGAACAAUUACUAUGAGUUUGUUGGUGUGCAGAGCUGUCAGGAGGUCCUUUCUCUGUAUGUUCUCCUCUGGAUCCUAACUGCCCUUAACCUUCUGGCCUUCGUGUUUGGAAUCCUGACCACUGCUGUACUGGGCAGUUUCAAAGACAUGAGGAGUGGGGUGGUCGGUCUUGAUGUGUCCCAGUGGAGAGGUUCAUCUCUAUUCUCCUUUGAUGGGGCCAACUGUUCAUCCCCCACUGCACCCCUGCUAAUGGACCCCACACACACAGGACACCAGCUCUACCCGAGGGCAUCACUUUAUGCUUCUCCAGCAGUCCCUGCAGCAGCAGGAUCUAGUGCAUCUCCAGGAGGAUCAUCAGAUACAUCCCGUGUACAGCCCAACCCUCCUCCCUUCGCUCCCCUCCACAACCUGCUACCCUACAAGACCUCCAGCUUCUCAGCUUAGGACAUCUGGAUCCAGACCAAAGACAUUUACACUACACUCCCCUUAAACACAACAUGAAAUCAAAAUGGACUGUUUGCUUUCUGAAUAAAUGUCCCUGGUCUUAUUGUGCAAGAUUCAUCAUGCAUGUUAUUCUCAAGGAAAAACUGGUUGUUUUCAUUAAAAUGUCUUUUUACUUUCUUUACCUCUGUAACCACUUUUUUUUCUGCUGCAAGCCUGUGAAAAAUAAUAUUAACUAAUUGUAUUUAUCUACUUUUCAUGAUCAAACCCUGAAGGACAUUCAGCUAUAUGUUUUCCACAAUAUAGACAUUUACUGAAGGAAUGCAUUACUCAUUCCGUUUCAUGUUGUCUUUAAGGUGAUAUUAAGAUGCAGAAUUAGAGUCUAGUUUUGACUAUGGCUGCAGAAUAUACAGUAAAUAUAUCACAUUAUAACAGGGCUAAUUUAAAAAUAAAUUACACGAAGGACUAAUUACAAUCAGUUGUAGACUAUGGGUCAAAAUGACUCAGUUUGAACUAACUUCACCACGGACUAACUUUAAUUAGCUCAUCAAUCUGUUUUAUUCUCCCAUACUUCAAAAUCACAGUCAUUUAUUUCAUCCACUUGAGAACUUGAGGGAUAGAAACAGACCUUCAAAACUCUAAUUUAGAUGUUUGUAUAUGAUGUGUAAAUGUUUCUUUUGAUAAAAGUGAAUUGAUGUUUCUAUGUA